AUGGCGUCAUUUAAUAGCACAGAUCAGAAGAAUAUGUCGACGCUAGAGACCUUGCAGGAGGAUGGGCUCAGAUCAGAGCUGAUGCUCCAGCAGCAGCUCAGUUCCUUGCGUGAGGCCCUCAAACAGCAGCUGCAGGAGACAGAGAUGAGACAGAGAGAGGAACUGGACAGGAGGAUUCAUCACAACACUCUCCUUUCAAAAGAUUUGUCGAGUGAUAAAAAUGAACCGACCCAUCAGACUCAGUCUGUAGGACUGAGAAGAUCCACCUCUGCACCUGCCCUCCCAUCUGACAAAGUCUCAAAUCAUCCCAGACAGUUAGAGAGGCCCAACUCAUCUGCUCCUGCCUGGGUAUCUUCAUCAAACUGGAGGCAAUGUUCUGGUGGGACCUCCAAGCCAACCAGGGCGCCACAGUGUGAAGGUGCACCUUUAUUUAAAACAUCACGGCAGAGGAAAGAGGCUGAAGCUGAGGCAGAGUGCAAGAAAAAGUUCUGUGCUCUUCCUGUCCCCGACCAUGUCAGCCUGCCCCUCUAUCGGGAGAUGGUGGAGCUGAGAGAAAAAGAGAGGAAGCAAGGCCAUGAGCAGAGGAAACACUUCCUGCUCUCUGUACAGAAACCUUUCAGCUUCCAGGAGAGAGAGAAGGAGAAGAGGGAAAAGAUGAUGGCGAUGGUUAACGAAGUCUCACAAGAUCAAAAACACAAGACUGCCUCUGCUGGGAAAUCUCCUCACAAAAGAGUGAAAGACACAGACCAGGAACUAAGCAGCAAAGUCCACGCUCAGACUACACUAUUCGAGAAUCCCACUGCCUCCGGGGGGCCGAGACUUCGCACCGCUGAGCGCUCCAAAAAGGAAAAGCUGGGAUUCCUGGAUGAGAAGCCGAGCUUCCACCCCAAAAUCAUCCAUCAGGUCCCUGAUUUCAGCCGACUGCACAAAGCCUUGCAGACGGAGGUGCUGAGAAAACCAGAGAUUAAAGACGUGACCAAGUGUCAGCCCUUCCACCUGAGAACAUCGGCACUUCCUGCAAGGCAAAGUAGACUGAGCCUCGAAAACUCAAAGGUGGCAAAUAAAAGUAAUCUUAGAAAAAGCAAGUCAUUCGGGGCUUUAACAUCACUUUCCACUGACACAAUCCCGACAUACAUCACAGACGCUACAAGAAAGCGCGGCAUGGCCAUCAGAAAGUCAAUGGAGAUGAGGGAUACUAAGAAUCAAGAGAGUUCAGGCUGGUUGAGAAAGUACCAACAGAGGUCUGAAGCCAUGAGGAAAACAGUUGCCCUCCAUGCAAAACUGCUGGACCCACACAACAGCUUGAAAGAAGUUCAUAAUGAAAAACUGCAACACCACCGGGAGUCUGACCAAAAAAGGAUGAAAGAGUACAUGAAAGAGUUACGGGACAUGAAGGCACGAGUCAGUGAACGCCCCUAUUUGUUCGAACAGGUGAAACAGAGAAAUGCAAAGGCUAAUGCAGAGAAGACGUACAGGAACAAGCUAAAGAAAGCUGGGAUACAAGAGCAAUUCGUUGAAGAAAAUGGAGAAGCAGAUGAAGGAGCCUCAACCUCAUCCAGAUCUGAAGAUGAUACAGAUGGGAAUGACCACAGCAGAGAAAAUGACAUCCAUAGUGGCUAUGCAGAGGAAGAAAACGUAGACGACGGGGAGAAAAUUGAAGAUGUGGAAGAGAAGAGCGUGAAGUCCAAAGGGGAAGAAAUGCCAUGA